AGGCUGCUGGACUUCCCCCCUCCACCCUCCUCCUGACUGCCGCUCACGAUAUCCUCUCGCUUUGCAUACAGCUCUCUGCUGCUCUAACCUGACAGCAAGAACACUUUCACUUUGGUCUCACAUUGUGUAUCAUCAGAGGCUCGCUGUGACAAUGGAUCCCUCCCCCGUCUCUGUGACCUGUCAUUUUAUGAUGAAGUCUGCAGACAAGCCCUGCAUACCCAGCUAGCAAUAAAUUUCAAUUUCUUCCCAUUAGUGUUGGACUAAGGGGUUCUUGAUUCCUUUUUGUGGCCAAAAUUUAUUUAUAAAUACAUAUUACCUCAUAAGUCACUGUCAAACCACAGUAACUUGGUUUGGUUUAACUCUGAUCGUUUUAAAUAAAAUAAAUUAGUAGUGAUGGAUACAACUACACUGGCAACCCUGGCUGCUGCCACUACUGUGGCUCUGGCCUCGCAGUCUGACAUGUCAGGCUACAUGUGGCUGUUGAUACUAGGUUUCAUCAUUGCCUUCAUCCUGGCUUUCUCUGUGGGGGCAAAUGAUGUAGCCAACUCCUUUGGUACGGCAGUGGGCUCCGGGGUGGUCACCCUGCGGCAGGCCUGCAUCCUGGCCACUAUCUUUGAGACAGUGGGCUCAGUGCUGCUGGGGGCCAAAGUCAGCGAGACCAUCCGACAGGGUAUAAUUGACGUCCGGAUGUACAACGGCUCCGAACACGUCUUGAUGGCAGGAUCGAUAAGUGCAAUGUGCGGCUCUGCUGUGUGGCAGCUGGCUGCAUCAUUCCUGAAGCUCCCCAUUUCUGGAACCCACUGUAUUGUUGGAGCUACAAUUGGUUUCUCCAUGGUAGCCAGAGGUCACCAAGGGGUCAAAUGGAUGGAAUUACUGCGUAUUGUGUCGUCCUGGUUCCUGUCACCUGUGCUCUCCGGCAUCAUGUCAGGAAUUCUCUUCUACUUUAUUCGCAAAUUCAUUCUGAACAAGGCUGACCCUGUACCCAACGGCCUCAGAGCUCUUCCUGUCUUCUACGCCAUCACUAUGGGCAUCAACCUCUUCUCCAUCAUGUUUACAGGAGCACCAUUGCUGGGUUUUGACAGAAUACCAUGGUGGGGCACACUGUGCAUUUCAGUGGGCUGUGCCUUCAUCACAGCUUUGGCCGUUUGGUUUGUUGUCUGUCCACGCCUCAAGAAGAAAAUCAAACGAGAAACAGCUGCUGCUCCAUGUGAAACCCCACUGAUGGAGAACAACUCCAGCAAACCUGCGCAAGCAGAGCAGCCCUCAAAACCAAGUGACCCUCAACCCCAUACCCCGCCAGCAGACAGUCAGAAGGUGGCUUUCAAACUUGGAGGUUCAGAGGAGGCGGAUUUGGACAACAAUGAUAUGGAAACCAAAGACUUGGACAUCAGCAAUGGUCUGAAUGGCACUGUUGGCCCCAUGCUGAUCACUGAUCCUCACAGCGGAAGGUCCCACACGAUCCAUAAGGACUCCGGCCUUUACAAAGAUCUGCUGCAUAAGCUCCACAUGGCCAAAGUCGGUGACUGCAUCGGUGACAGUGACACAGAGGAGCGGCCCAUCAGGAGGAACAACAGCUACACCUCUUACACUAUGGCCAUUUAUGGCAUCCAAGGAGAUCCUAAAUACAAGGACCUGGAUGGUGGGAUUCAGAGAAGGUCGAGGGUGGACAGCUACAGCAGCUACAGCUCAGCGGUGACCAGUGGGAGUACAGUCCAGGAUGGGAGUGUGACUCAGGAAGCUGGCAGGGACCUCGCUGUGGAAGAGGACGAGCUGGAGGUCGACCAACCAGCUGUCUCCUUGCUUUUCCAGUUCUUGCAGAUACUUACGGCGUGCUUUGGCUCCUUUGCUCACGGAGGGAACGAUGUCAGCAAUGCAAUUGGCCCGCUGGUGGCUCUCUGGCUGCUGUAUGAGAGCGGCUCUGUGGUGUCCAACGCACCCACACCCAUCUGGUUGCUUCUGUACGGCGGAGUGGGUAUCUGCACCGGUCUCUGGGUAUGGGGCCGGAGGGUGAUCCAGACUAUGGGGAAAGACCUUACUCCCAUUACACCCUCCAGCGGUUUCAGCAUCGAACUAGCUUCAGCAAUCACAGUUGUUGUGGCAUCCAAUAUUGGUCUUCCUGUCAGCACAACUCACUGCAAGGUGGGCUCUGUGGUGGCCGUGGGAUGGCUGCGCUCCAGGAAAUCAGUCGACUGGCGUCUGUUCAGGAACAUCUUCAUCGCCUGGUUUGUCACAGUUCCCAUCUCUGGGCUGAUCAGCGCUGCCAUCAUGGCUCUCUUCACAUAUGUGAUUCUGUGAGCAGCGCACUGUCCAGCUCCACUGUUCACACUUCAACUGACCACAGACCACAGCAGGGUGCUCCGUUUGUUCUCCGUUAAUGAUGUUCAUUUUAUCAUUCAACAUCAUUUCAAGGUCAAGUCGGUGAUGUAAUCUCACAGGAAUUUGUCCACUACAACGAUGAUGGAUCUAAUAACACUGUUCAGAUAUCCACAAAUCCAUCAUACUGUAUAUCCCUUUGUAUAUUUGUAUAAAACCUACAUGUAUUAAAAAUCAAAUAAUUCACUUUUGACUGAAAAACAACAACAGUUACAUUCAGUGUUUGUGUAUUUGAAUAUAAUAAAACAAUGAGUUGCUUGAUUUGAGAAGAUGUCAAUAAUGUAUUUUACUCACUAUUAAACAUUUUCCACU